AUGGAGGCAGCGCUCGGCAUCCGUGCGCCUGCACCGGCUAGUGCGGCUGCGUCUACAGCGCGGAGCGCGGUGAAGGAGGUCGUCAACUCCUGGCGUGAGGCGGCCGGCAUGUGGAAGCGCCUUCGGACAGACGAAAAGACGAGUAAAGGUACAGAGAGGGACGCUAUCAAACGCGUAAAACGAGAGGGCUGUGGCGAGGCGGAGGUAUGGCAGCGUCUCCCCGACUCCUCGCCAGCUCGCCCAAGUGACAUCCCGGCGUGGGCGGUCGGACUGGAAGCUGUUUUAGAACGCUGUCGAGACCUUAUCGAGUCGCCCAAGUUUGCCGUUGCCGCGCGGCAACAGGAGCGAGGUCGCUCCCUCCGUGCUGCUCUUACUACGCCCUCUGCAAAGGAGGCUUUGUCGGCGUCUCUACCGGUGCAGCCGGUUUCCAGCGCUGCUGUCGCAGCGGCUCCAGUGGCGCCUCUUGACUCCCAUGCAGCUCUACUGCGCGAGGCGGAGCUCAUUUGUUCUCGCGAGCGCACAGAAACCCUGCUCCCCCUCUACGCUGAGCUGCACGUGCUGCGCCGCAUGCGGGCAGAGAGAGAGCAGGAGGCUGCGCACAAGGUUGAGGAGCAGCUACAGUGGGAGCAGCUGCGUCUGACGGACAUGCUUGCCGAGUGCGACGCCCAGCUGGAGAUGCUGGACAGCAACUUCUUGGACUCGUGCAAGGCUCGACUGGCUCCUCUGGAGAUGCUGCAACAACGCAUCGAUGCGCUGCACAAAUUUCGCCGCCAGCUCGAGACCCACGCCGCAGCGAUGUUGCCGUUGCCUUUGAAAGGCGCAGCAGUGGCGUCGAAGAAUGUACUGACCACCCCAGAGUUGGCCACUCACGCGCCACGGCCGGUAGGCCUCGUUGGCGAUGCCCUGUCGCAGCGCAUGAGCGAGGAGCGCGUUGCAUGGAGGAAGAAGGUGGAGGCGCUGCAGGCUCGACUUGAUGCGCAAAAGAAACGCAACGCUGAACUGCAGGCGUGCUAUAUGCAAGCCAACCUGCAGUUGCAGACCUCUCUGGAUAGGGAUAACUACGUGAACAAAGAGGUCUUGAACGCUUUGAAGGCGCAGAACCGGGCAGACAUGGAGGCGCUUGUGGAGAAGCUGGGGUGGACUCUCAUCAACAACACCUUCGACGUGCUCAGUCUGCGGCACCCAGGUUCAGGAGCUACGCUACACGUCAACCACGCGUACUCGACGAUAAACGGACAGACAUGCGAAGACGUUGUCAAGGCGCUGGCAGCUUAUAUUCUGAAGCACCGCAACGAUACCGCCCCAACGGUGGCACCUGCGGCAGCGCUUCCAGUCAAUGCGCCCGAAGCUGUGAAAGAAGGCACCCUCAGUGAAGGGCAUGCCAGCAGCACUUCCCUACAUCCAACAGCUCUCCCUGCUGACGCUUCCUAUCUCCAGAGUGGGACUGCGUCGAUGGACGCAGCGAUGCGUCAGGAGGCGAGUCAGGGCACGGAGGAGGCGGUGCCCACUGUGACCGAAGAUGCGGUUGCGCAAGCUGAAUCUGCUUCGCCGAGCGCUUCUGCGCACGAAGAACGAGCUUCUGCGGCGUCCGAGGCUGAGGUGACCGCAGCGGAAGAGCCUCUGAUGCGUGGCGACUCCGCCUCUAUGAAUGAGGAGGUGGCAGAGGUUUCGCCGCAGUCACCGGCAUCUUCCGGGACUGCAGCGGAGUCAACAGGGGAGGGCACCGACGGAGAAAACGAUGCACAGGAGGCGCGGGGCGGCGCUGCUGCCUCGUCUGAUGGCACCCGUGAGAGGGACGAUGGCGGGGAUGAUGUCGCGGCUUCCGAGGAGGAGGGUGACAGCGCGGACGACGAUGAGGAGGGCGGUGAUGGGGGCGUGAGUGAUGCCGAGGAGGAGGAUCUUGCGGGCUACAGCAACCUGCAAACAGAGGAGGGUAGUGGCAACACCUCCACCCUGAAUGUGUCCGCCAACCUUCCCUCCUCUGGCUCAAAGGGCAGCGAUGCAUGGGUGACACCAGUGCAGCCUGCCCCAUACGAGUCAUUCUUCUCAUCCAAUCAAUUGUGGGAGAGCGAAGAUGAGUAA